AUGGCUGCUCUUACGGUAGCUGCUGCUGCUCACAACAUGUAUAAUCCAUUUACAUUUAACAGUUAUAAUACAGAUAGCUAUAUAGCACCAGAUAUAAAAAGCGAAAGAACAGAUUCAAAAAUUCAAGUAAAAUUAGAAGAUAUGGACUUAUGGAAACGUUUUCAUAGUUUGGGGAAUGAAAUGAUAAUAACUAAAACUGGAAGACGAAUGUUUCCGACAUUUCGAGUGAUGUUGAAUGGUCUUGAAACGAAUACAAAAUAUAUGGUAUUGUUAGAUAUAGUACCAGUUGAUGAUAAUCGUUACAAAUAUCAUGAUUCAAGUUGGAAUAUAUCUGGAAAAGCUGAACCCCAUUUAUUUGGAAGAUAUUAUGUUCAUCCUGAUAGUCCGGCAACGGGUACACAAUGGAUGAAACAAUGUGUUCUAUUUAAUAAAGUUAAAAUAACAAACAAUGCCAUGCACAAUCAGGGACAUAUUAUUCUUAGUUCGAUGCAUCGUUAUCAACCUCGUCUACAUAUUGUUGAAGCAUCCGAUGUAUAUUCGAUAAGAACUGGUACAUACAACACAUUUACAUUUGAUGAAACGGUUUUUACAGCUGUCACAGCCUACCAAAAUGAUCAGAUCACAAAAUUGAAAAUCAAUCAUAAUCCAUUUGCAAAAGGAUUUCGUGAACAACCGAUACAUGGAAAAAAGACUUCGAAAGGUUUAAAGCGUCAAUGUGAGUCUAGCAACGAUAAUGAGAAAAGAUUAAAAACAGAUCAUGGCAGUACAUCUCGAUUAUGCAAGAGUGAUUCAUCAAUAAAUUCCACUCUACUUGGACAACAACAAUUAUCUACUUCUACUAGUACUAGUACAUCGUCUGCUCUAGCUGAUUCUACCACCUAUCUCGAUGAAAGUUAUACAUCCGGUGAUAGUCCAACAAAAGACUAUAAAUGUUCUACUACUAUACCAUUGACUGCAUCAACAUCUUAUCCAUCGAACAUGUACAAUUAUGAUACAUCAACACCCUUUUAUAUGAAUCAAAAACUAAAUUCCUACUAUGGUAUGCCAACCACACCAUUUAGUUAUAGUCCCAUGAAUUUUGGACAGUUUUCACGCUAUUCAACUCAAACCUAUCCGUAUCCUAUCUCAUCAUCAGCAAACUAUAAUGCAUUUUUUAAUCAAUGA